AUGUCGAAGUACGACCAAUAUUUUCUACCUAUCGCUCAAGAUGCUGGAAAUAUUGAAAAUCUGUUGGACGCAUUUUUCAGCUUUCUUGAACGAAAGUCUGAUUUUUUCCAUAUCAUGACAGCACCGUCUGAUGCAAAGGGUUUCCCUACUGGAAGGGCGUUUGAGAUUCUGGAGACAACCUUCAAGAAGCGACAGCAUUCUUAUUUGUCCAGAGUUCAACCUAAUUUACUCUCCUUGGGUCAGAACCAGCCAGAAAAGCACAAGAAAGCAGUGAAGGAGCCGCCAUGUUCAGAAAAGCCAUCUUCCAAUGUUAAGAUGGAAUGCCUCACGAAAUCGGAACACUCUCAGGCUACAAACAGCGUCAGUGCAGAGCACACGGAGCGUCCCCCGUUGCGAAAAACUGAAACAUAUUGGUGGAGCCAAACGCUUGGAGAAGCAACAGUUGAACUAGUGCUUCCUGAAGCUAUUCAGAACGUUAAGGAGAAUAUUAAAGUGAAAUUAGAACGAAGUCGCAUCAAUGUGAUGUAUCGUGACGCUGUUCUUCUAGAGGGAGAAUUUUAUGAGCCAAUUCAAUUGGACGGAUCGAUGUGGGUGGUGGAAGAUCAAAGUCGGCUGAUUGUCACUCUGGAGAAGGGGAGAGAAAACUGGUGGGGGAGUAUUUUGAAAGGAGAGAAGGAAAUUGAUUUGACAAAAGUAGAAAGUGUUAAGAAAAUUGCCGAAUUUGAUGAAGAGACGCAAGCUGCUAUCCAUAAAGUAAUGUGGGAUCAAGAACAAAAGGCUCAAGGGCUGCGAACAUCUGAGGAGAUGAAAACGGAUGAACUUUUGAAGAAAGCGUGGGAAGCUGAUAGUUCCCCCUUUAAAGGCCAACCAUUCGAUCCAUCUGCAUUCAACAUCAGUGGAUCGCUCUAUGGCCAGUAG